CUCUGUUCAGGUACUAGAGAGCAGAGACGUCCCAGGCAGCCGCCAUUUUCUUGGAGCCCAAACUCGUAGCUCCUGAUAAAGAUGACCCGGAGAUGAAGAGCGGAGGUGCCGGAAGUGACCCCGCGGGAUCUGCUGCCCUUGUGCUGCAGCUGCAGACAUGUUCCUCACUUGUGUGAACUUUGCCAAAGGAAAAUCCAAGGUGGUCUUGGUACAGAUGAUGAGUGCUGCAGGAACUGGUUACACCUUCAACACUCGGAGGAAUAAAGCAAAAGACAAGCUCAUCUUGAGGAAAUAUGACCCUAUAGUAAAACAACACGUCCUGUUCAACGAAAAGAGGAAAAUCCGCAGCAUCUAAUGGCUGCGCAGUAAAUAGAGGAAAAGGAGGAGUGCGGCACGGGUGAGGAUCAGCUGCUGGGACAAUGCUGAGGACCUGGCGGCUGUGUCCUGUGAGCGGGGCCCCGGGGCCGCUCUGCUGAGCUCGGAUCGUGAGCGCUGCUCCUGAAGGAUCUGAACAAUACUCGCUGAAAAUUCCAGAAUGUUCUUUAUUUUGUCUAAUGUUCAUUGUUAAUAAAGCAAAAAUGUUUCUA